UGCAAGUAAAUUCAGCCAUUUGAUAAGCAGGUGCAUAAGGAGUGGCACUGGGUGGCACUUCACCUGAAAGGGGAAAAAGAGACUUAAAAGUCACUAACUUUUACUAGCUUAGUCACUUUGCUCUCGUAAGAACCGGUCGCUGCAUAGACAGUCAGGAAGACUGUAGCAGCUGCUUGCAAGAUGCCUCAAGUAUUCCACGUCCCCAGCAAGGACGCCAUCAGCGAGCCAGUGGAUGCCAUCUGUACCCAGUUGGACGGUAGGACGUACCAUCAGAUCAGGAAUGACUGCCUCAGGAAUGGUAUCCUGUUUGAGGACCCAGACUUUCCAGCCAAUGACUCGUCCCUUUAUCACAGUGAAAAACCCGCACUGCCCUUCGUCUGGAGAAGACCCAAGGAAAUCUGUAAAAACCCAGAAUUCUUAGUAGAUGGAGCUUCAAGAACAGAUAUUUGCCAGGGUGACCUAGGUGAUUGCUGGUUAUUGGCAGCCAUCGCUUCACUAACAUUGAAUUCAAAUAUGAUGGCCAGAGUCGUUCCUAUGGAUCAGGACUUUGGAGCACAGUAUGCAGGGGUCUUUCAUUUUCAGUUCUGGCAGCACAACCAGUGGCUGGAUGUAGUAAUUGAUGAUCGGCUCCCAACUUUCAAGAAUCGUUUGGUUUUUGUCCAUUCUCCAGAGAACAAUGAAUUUUGGAGUGCACUAUUUGAGAAGGCCUAUGCCAAACUCAAUGGAACCUAUGAAGCCUUAAAAGGAGGCAGCACUUUGGAAGCCAUGGAAGACUUUACCGGAGGAGUUGGAGAGAUGUAUGAGACAAAAAAAGCACCUGAUAAUCUGUUUAAAAUCAUACAGAAGGGCCUUCACAGAGGCUCUAUGAUGGGUUGCUCAAUUGAUAUAUCAAGUUCUGCUGAGACAGAAGCAAAGACACCGUAUGGUCUGGUCAAAGGACAUGCUUAUUCAGUAACUGGACUUGAGGAGGUCCCAUACCAAGGGCGCAAUGUGCAGCUUAUAAGGGUACGGAAUCCUUGGGGGCAAGUUGAAUGGAACGGUGCUUGGAGCGACAAUGCUCCUGAGUGGCAAAGAAUUGAUCCUUCUGUAGCCAAACGUCUGUCCCAGAGAUCAUUAGAUGAUGGUGAAUUUUGGAUGUCAUUCGAGGAUUUUAAGAAACAUUUUGACAAACUUGAAAUAUGCAAUCUUACACCAGAUGCUUUGGAUGAUGAUACCUUACACAAGUGGGAGAUGAUGUUACAUGAAGGCAAGUGGGUCAAAGGAGCUACAGCAGGAGGAUGCAGAAAUUUCAUUGAUACCUUUUGGACAAAUCCCCAGUUCAAAAUUCAUCUGACAGACAAAGAUGAUGACAAGUCUGGAUGUACAGUCAUUAUAGCUUUAAUGCAAAAAAAUAGACGCAAGCUCAGAAAGGUUGGAGCAGAACUCCUUACUGUCGGAUUUGCAAUUUAUGAGUGCCCACCAAAAGAUGAACAGUUGCCAAAAGACUUUUUCCGCUAUAAUGCUUCCAAGGCUAGAAGUAAAACCUUCAUUAACGUGAGAGAAAUUUCUGAAAGAUUUAAGCUUCCCCCUGGUCAUUAUGCGAUUAUUCCAAGUUCGUUUGAGCCUGGCCAUGAAGCAGAUUUCUGCCUGAGGGUUUUUUCUGAGAAAAAGGCAACCUCACAAGAGAUGGAUGGCAAGAUAAUUGCAGAUAUUCCAGAGCCACCUAAGCCAAAUCCACCUCAACAAGAAACCGAAGAGGAAAAACAGUUCCGCUACAUGUUUGAACGAAUUGCAGGAGAGGACAUGGAAAUUUCUCCAGGUGAAUUGCAGUAUGUCCUGAAUAAUAUUUUGAGAAAACAAAAAGAUAUUCAGUUCAAGGAUCUGAGCAUCUGGUCAUGUAAAAGCAUUGUCUCGUUGAUGGAUACUGAUGGGACUGGAAAGCUUGGGUUUUCAGAGUUCAAAAUAUUCUGGGAAAAACUAAAAAAAUGGAAGACUAUCUUCAUGACUUUCGAUACAGACAGGUCUGGUGCAAUGUCAUCCUAUGAACUUCGCCCUGCCUUAAAAGCUGCAGGAUUUCAACUAAACAACAAAAUUCUACAGAUGGUUGUUCUCCGAUAUGCAGAUGAUCGGUAUGAGAUUCAGUUUGAUGAUUUUCUCUGCCUCAUGGUUCGCCUGGAAACCUCAUUCAGAGCAUUCAGCAAGUUGCAAACCAGAGGUGAAUCUGAAGUUGACAUCAGUUUUCCCAUGUUCAUUGGCCUGAUCCUGAAUAUCUGAGGAACAGACCGCAUCAUAUGAAGAUCAUUAUUUCUUCUGUCAGAUGUAUCUGUGUCUAGCCUUCAAACUGUGCACAACUGGUGCUAAAAUUUUUGUACUUUUCAAACUGUCAAUAAACUUAAAAAUGUUUUAAGAAAGGCA